AUGUCAUUAUGUUUAUCUCUAUGUCGACAACAAAUUAUUCGAUAUCGUUUGAAUAAUUAUUUUAAUCUACGAUCAAUUAUUAUAUAUCAACGAAAAUUUUCAUCUCAUUUGAGUGAUUCGAAUGUUAAUCCCAAUCUUCCAUUACUCGAUCAUAGUCAUCAUGAACUUGUUAAACGUAUUAAAAAUCUUUUAAUUAAUGUUCAAACUGAUUUAACACUUUUAUCUGCUCCUGAUAAGAAACUUCUUAAUGAAGCUCAAACAAAUAUUGAAUCAAUAUUUUUACUUGUUGUUGUUGGUGAAUUUAAUUCUGGUAAAUCUCAAUUUAUAAAUACAUUACUCGGUGAAAAAGAAAUAUGUCCAACUGGUGUUUUACCUACAACUGAUAUUAUACAAAUACUUAAAUAUGGAACAAAACGUAAAGAUGUUAUCGAAUCUGAUCAUAUUAAAUCAAUAUAUUUACCAAAUGAAUGGUUAAAACAAACAAAUAUUGUUGAUACACCCGGUACAAAUGCCAUUCUUCAAACACAUCAACAAAUUACUGGUAUGUAUUAA